AUGGCUCAAAAUCGGAUUGAACUAGCGAAAGGUCAAAUGAAAGAAUUUAAAGCUUUAGAAGAUUUUGAACAAAUAGCCACUCCAACCCAAUGGAAUACACAUUUUUUAUUAAAACUCAAAAUAAAACUAUGUCAACAAAGAAUAAAAAUUAUCAAUUAUUAUCCAAAUGCUCAAGAUGAAGCACAAGCCAUAUAUAAUCAAAUGCGUCAUAUCACCAAAGAUUUUCGCACUCAAGCAAUGGCAUUAUAUGUAAAAUCAGCUACUCGAGAAUUUGAAGUCCUAUCAAAUGAAAUUAAAAGUAUUAUUGAUAGAUUUCAUAAUGAAAAUGAUGAUGGUUUCGAUGCUGAACCUGGCUAUGCUGCUUUUAAACAUUAUCAUGAAUUACGGCGAUACCAACAAUCUAGAACAGCAAGAAUUAAUCGCUCCGACUGUAAUACGUUCGCUUGGCGAGGAUUUCUUGCUCCAGAUAUAAUUAAUGAAGCUCAAAUUCAUCUAACGGAAGAAGAACGUCAAUUAUUAAAAUUAGGACCUAAAUUUAUAUUUAAUGAUCCGAAAACUGCAGCUCGAAGACGUACAACUGAGUUGGCUACUUUAAAACGUAAGAUAGAAGAUUGUUUUCUUCGAAAAAAGGUGAGCCCCGGUCGUCCUCUUACACAAUUUAUGGCUGAAUUAGAUGUUCUUCUUCAAACGUUACAUAAUAUUCCAACAACAUCUCAUAAUUUAAAUAGGGAUAAAAUAAUUAGAAGCUCAGUAAAUCAAAAUGAUUUUAUGGAAUUUAAUCGUAGCCAAGCAAGUCAAAUACAAUCACAAAUUAUUAAUGGUAUAAAAGUAAAGAAAAAGAAAAAUUAUCGAAGAUUAGUUAAAAGAUUAAAACAUAAAUUUAAAUUGCCUAAUGUUAUAUUACAAAAAUCCGAUAAAUCAAAAGUAUUCCAUUUAGGUAAAAUUGAAGAUUAUCGUAAAAAAUCCAAAGAGUAUAUGAAACGAACUUACGCAUAUAAAUGUCUUGGAAGUGAAGAUCCAUUACCUGAUUUAAUUCAAAGAACAAAUAAAUAUUUGUUAGAUUUACGAUUGACUAAAUGGAUUACUCAAAAAGAAUACGAAAAAUUAUGUAUUAAUCCAUGUGAAGUUGAACUGGCUCAUUUAUACUAUUUGCCAAAAGCUCACAAAUCUGGUAGUCCUUUACGUCCAAUUAUAAGUGGUCUUGGACAUCCAACAAUUAAAAUAUCAAAAUUUCUUGACGAUUUGUUAAGACCUUUAUUUGAUAAAAUGGCUCAAGAAACAACAGUUAAUUCUGACUUUGAAUUAAUUAAGAAAUUACAAGAAUGGUCAAAAUCAAAUAUGAAUCAAACCACUAUAUUCUGUACAAUUGAUGUUCUUGAUCUAUAUACAAUGAUUCCACAAUUAGAAGGGGUGCUUUCUCUUAGAAAAAUGUUAGAUUACUUGAAAUUGAAGAGAGUUGGCAGAUUAAGAAUUGAAACAAUCAUUCGUUUAAGUCGAUUUGUCAUGAAAAAUAACUAUUUUUCUUAUGAUGGUCAAUUUUAUCAUCAGAUUCGGGGCGAAGCUAUGGGAUCCCCGUUAACUUUAACUAUGGCUAAUUGUUAUAUGUUUUUCUUUGAACGAGCAAUUGUCAAACAAAUUCACAACGGUGGUGGGCUGUACUUUCGAUAUAUUGAUGAUUUAUUUAUUGUUAUUGUAACGAAAUAUUUUAUUUGGUAUAUUGAGUCGUAG